AUGCCCACCUACUCCGGCUUCAAUCGCCCAAGGAAGUCAACCAAGUCUUCGGCGGCUUCCACAAUCUCUACCAGCUCAAAAAGCUCCAAGGCUCCAGUUGAGAAGCCUAAGAAAGAGAUUCCCAAAGCACAACCCGUUGCGUCUCGAAGCGCGGACCCUAGUGGCUCUGGUUAUUCACCAAAAGUGGAACCCGCGCCAGCACCCCAGACAGAGGCGAAGGGCAAAGAUGGCAACGCGCUGAACGUCUUCGAGUAUCUCGAGGCCGAUAGCAAUUCCAACAGCGACUCGGAGAUCUCAUCGUCUGACGAUGAAGAUCUUCGACCGCCGUUCCCGCCGAGCACAAAACCAAAGGCUCCCCCGGCUCCUCCUGCUGCUCCUGCUCCUGCUCCUGCUCCUGCUACUCGACAGCCGAACACAGCCAUUCCCGUACAGAACCGUAACCGGACGUCGUCCGUGAAAUCAAGAGAGUCGCAGCCACCCGGCGCGUUUGAGCCGUCGCCUGUCCCAGCGCCAGUGCAUCUCGCCAGACAGCACCGAAGACCUUCCACUGAUGCAGGAAACAGCGUUGUCGGGUCUGUGACUUCUUAUGAUGGACCAAUACCUCCAGAGCUCCGUAACCUGGAAUUGGUUCCCGAGGCUUACUACCCUAGACCAUCUACUUCUCUUCAGCGAGCACCUUUCCCACCCUCCCCUCCUCGAAGCCCGGAGGAGGACAUGCGCCGUCCUAGCCGCAAAGUCAGGCGCAAUACAAAAUCAUCGCGCACUCCCACGGGGUAUGGACUUCUAGCAUGGCGGUUGAGUGCCUCUGGGGAGAACAAGGAGUACACUCUCCCUCCACUCUACCGUCGCUUCGAAGAUGUCAACCAUCGUGUGCUCCUAUAUCUCCAGGAUGAGAUUUCUCAGCUGGAGGAAGAGCUGCGCGUGCUGGAUGACUAUGAAGACAUGCAGCGGCGAGGAAUUGCCGAGCAGGAGGGCACUAAGGUGAUGCCUGCAUCACGACGAAUGGACGUGCAGGCACAGGCUUACUCGUCGCUGCACUGCAGACGCGAGGAGGUCAUGGGCGCAUUGAUCCAGAAGACAGAGCAAUACAGUAAGCCACCAUGCGUCAUGGUCUACUUGCAGCCCAUACUGACACCAGACCAAUCAGACAACGCACUUGCUGCCUAUAGUAAAGUGCUCCAGACGCUCCCACGCGCCGCAGGCUCCGACGUAGAGACCUACAGGAAAUGGAUGAAAGGAAACAACCCCAUCGCUUCCAAUGAAAUGCGCUUCCUCGACAACCCAAAGGACCUAGUCUCCCUUACACCCCAAGCAGCUUCUGAUACUAAACCCACAUCGCCGGUUCAUUCCGCCAUCAUCAUUGCCUCCGCCGCAAUCAUCCUUCCCUUGCUAGCCUUCAGCAUGAUCGCCGAGUUCGCCGGUCGGAUUCUCGUCGUUGCUGUUGUUGGUGGUGCUGCCGCCGCCAUUGCCUCCCAUAACUCCACAGGGACAGAGCAGCUCGUCAAAUCUCAGGACGGGUGGCGUGUUGCUGGCUUGUACUUCGGCUUCAUGGCCGUAACUGCGCUAUUUAUUUGA